UGCAGACCUGCCAAUGCUGACGCACCUGUCCUGACCCUCCCACCUCCUGAGGGAAAGAUCUCUCCUCCGUCCCAGUCCAGACCUCCAAGCCUGAAGGAAAAUGGGCAACAUGGCAACAGAGAUCGUAGCGUUCCUCCUGACCAUCUCCGGGUGGAUCCUGGUGUCGUCCACUCUGCCCACAGACUACUGGAAGGUGUCCUCUGUGGACGGGACGGUCAUCACCACGGCCACCUUCUGGUCCAACCUGUGGAAAACAUGUGUGACUGAUUCCACCGGCGUGUCCAACUGCAAGGACUUUCCAUCGAUGCUGGCUCUGGACGCCUACAUCCAGGUGUGUCGGGGGCUGAUGAUUGCUGCCGUCUGUCUGGGUUUCUUCGGCGCUAUCCUCGCCUUAGUAGGAAUGAAAUGCACAAAGAUAGGAGGCUCAGAGACCACCAAGGCCCGUCUGACCGUGCUGUCGGGCUUCCACUUCAUUCUCAGUGGCUUCUGCUGCUUGACUGCCUGCUCCAUAUAUGCUCACAGGAUCACAACAGACUUCUUUGACCCGCUCUUUGUUGCUCAGAAGUUUGAGCUGGGAGCGGCUCUCUUCAUCGGCUGGGCUGGAUCUGUGCUGUGUAUCUUAGGAGGCCUCAUUUUCUGCCUCUCCCUGUCCGAAGGCUUCAGUAUCAGAGCUGCGUACUCUUACAGCGGAGCCACGUCAUUCGUGACGACACGCAACAAGCACAGCAAGCCGACCAACAACCUGCACAAGGAAGCACGAGAGCCGCCGAGGCAGUUUGGAAGAAACGCUUACGUGUGAAACUGGACUCUUAACCUGAACUGAUGGUGGAAUUCAUCAUAAUAGUUCUGAUCUUCAGAAGGACAGCAUUCACAUUAAUGUACUUCAACGCUGUGGCUGGAAAAUCUCCUCUGUGUGACAGUUUACAUGUUGUGUUGAUUUUAGGUGGCUAAAUUCCUCUUUAAAUAUGACUACUGCUGUGGUCCUUUCUGUCAAUAACAAUAAUAAAUAAUAAAAGAUAA